AUGUCGUCUACCCUGGCCCAUCGCCAGCUGCACCAAGACCGGAAACCAGCCAUGAGCCUCUCCACUUACAAUACAAGGUCCUAUCAUCGAGCCCUGCCCCACCAGAACUCGUCCAAGAGCGCCUGGAAGCUGGAUACCUUCGUCGACAAAUCCAGUGGCCAAAGUCGGGAAAUCAUCGUUCUGGCUGAUACUCCUAGUCCAACACCCCACUCUGGCCCUUCGAAAACCAGCGGCUUCGCUCGUCCCAUCGCCAACAACGCUAGCAGUUUACCCGCCGAGUCUGCUCGACCGAACCCUCGCUUGUACUCACGAUUUGUCUCUCCAACUCAGGAACUGCAGCCUUUGGCCAAGAGCAAAAGGAAAUACGAAAACUACUCUUCAGGACAACAACAGCAGCGAGAAGAAGCGCGCGAAGCAAAGCGCCAUGAAGCGGAAAGAUUGCCUAUAGACGACAAAGAGGGCCACUACAUCGUUCGCCAGGAUGACCUGCUGGGGGACCAUCGUUACCAAGUCGUCAAACUCCUCGGACAAGGCACCUUUGGCAAAGUCGUUCAAGCCACAGACCUCCACGCCCCGAUCGACCGCUCUGGCCGUCGGAGAGAGGUGGCUGUUAAAGUGAUCCGUGCCGUACAAAAAUAUCGAGAUGCCAGUAAAAUCGAAAUCAAAGUGCUCAAUCUUCUUCGGGAAAGAGAUCCCGACAAUGUCCACAAAUGCAUUCAUCUACUCGAUGUGUUCGAUUAUUGCAACCAUAUUUGUAUCGUGACAGAAUUGCUCUCGCUUUCUGUUUUCGACUUCCUCAAAGACAAUCAGUAUAGCCCCUUCCCAGCCAGCCAUAUCCAAAGCUUUGCCAAACAGCUUCUGUCUAGUGUUGCAUUCCUUCACGAGCUUCGUCUAGUCCACACUGACCUUAAGCCAGAAAACAUUCUGCUGCUUGAUGCGUCGGCCAAUCUGAUAGCUGCCAAGCGAGGAGCCAAUAAAUCCAAAAAAGUCCUGCGGUGUUCCGACAUCCGACUCAUCGAUUUUGGAAGCGCUACGUUCGAAGACGAGUAUCACGCAUCGGUCGUCUCGACCCGGCACUACCGAGCACCCGAAAUUAUUUUGAACAUGCCGUGGUCAUUUCCCUGCGAUGUUUGGUCUAUCGGCUGUAUACUUGUUGAGUUUUUUACCGGGGAAGCUUUGUUCCAAACUCACGAAAACUUGGAGCACCUUGCCAUGAUGGAAGCGGUCUUUGGGCCGAUGCCCGAAACAUUUGCAAGGAGAGCCGCGCGUAAUCGCUCUGAAUGGUUUACCAAGAACUACCGCCUCGACUAUCCACAAUCCAACACGACUCGGCAAAGUCGCAAGUUUGUCCGAGCAAUGCGCCCUUUAGAGGAUAUUAUCCCACAAACAUCCAUUCAGAAUGCCCGUUUCCGGGAUUUGCUCAGCAAACUCCUUGAGUGGGAGCCUCACAAGCGUAUCACAGUCAAGGAGGCUCUCAAGCACAGUUACUUCACACUCAAGAUAGAUGAUGAAGGGACGAUAUACUAA